AUGGCUGACAUUACCCCGUUCAAAAUUAAUAUAGCUUCAUCCGAAGUGGACCUGCUUGCAGCAAAGCUCAAGCUUGCUAGGCUUCCUCAGCAUGAUUUUGCAUGGAACGAAGAAAACGGCUUGACGACGAAUCAAGUAUCAGAAGUCGUUCGCUUUUGGCAGACAAAGUACUCAUGGCGAGACGAAGAGGCGCGAAUAAACGCGGCUCUCCCACAGUUCACUACCAAAGUCCCGGUGUCGGAUGGCUUUGGUCCCUUGGACGUACAUUUUGUAUACAAACGAUCGACAGCGAGAGGGAAUAGCAAGAGCGGUAUCCCACUACUAUUUGUACAUGGCUGGCCGGGCUCUUUUCUCGAGAUCGAAAAAGGACUUGGGCCGCUGACCGAUGCGGGGUUUGAUGUGGUCGCGCCGUCGCUACCCGGCUACGGGUUCUCGGAGUAUACCAAGAAGAGAGGAUUUGAUCUCAGGAAACAUGCCGAGACUUUUCAUAAUCUCAUGUGUAAGCUGGGAUACGAAAAUUAUGUCGUCCAAGGAGGUGAUUGGGGUAGUUGGGUGGUUAGGGCCAUCGCCCUGAUGUAUCCGCAGAACAUACGGGCAUUGCACUUGAACAUGUUCAAAACAUAUAAGCCGGCCUUUCCUGACGGCAGGGAACCCGAGUAUACUGAAUACGAGAAACACUCUCUUGACCGUUUUCACAAUUGGUUUCUGAAAACCAACCUCGACUACGGCGCCAUUCAAGGGGCUCGGCCACAAACACUAGGCUAUUCCAUGCAUGACAGCCCCGUUGGUCUGCUCGUAUGGAUUUGGGACAAGCUUCGCUUGUGGUCCGACAAUUACCCCUGGACACCAACGGAGCUCAUCACCUGGACACUGAUGCAUUACUGGCCAGGCCCAACUACAGGCUUCGUCAUGUAUAUGGAGAAUAAUCCUCCCGCAAUGAUGAUCCAGGGAAGUUGGGCAGACAACUAUCUCGAAAUGCCAUGUGGGUUCAGCGCAUUUCCUAACGAGUUGGGUAUCUUGCCUAGGAGCUGGGCGGAGAAAGUUGCCAAUGUCAAAUUCUGGAAAGAGCACCCCGCUGGUGGACAUUUUGCAAUGCAUGAAAGACCAGAAGAACUAGUUGCAGAUUUAGUGACAUUUUAUCGGAGCGUUUGGGUAGACUGA